GAUCACUAUCGUAUCAUCGUGUGUUAUUACGCAACAGCACUUUUCUUUCUGAAAGUAACAAGCAACCCAUGUUUUUCUCUUUUAGAAUGGAUAAUUAGGGUUUCAGAAACUCUAUCCAGAAUUCACUUCAAUGGCGACCGAAUUGGUUGCACCAAUCUCAUCAGAGAAUAACAACAGGGUUCGUCAAUUCUUCGACGAAUUAGAAAAUCACAAAAACACCCUCACAAAAUGCACCCACCUAUUCACCUCACUCUCCAACCAUUUCUCUUCCCUCCAAGACUCCAUUUCCCUGAAAUUUCAAACCCUAGAUUCCAAAUUCCAAUCCCUCGAAUCAAGUUCCAAGGAAACCCUAGAAUCUCUCAACAACCGCGAAAACUCCAUCCCUGAGCGCGAAUCUUCCGCCGCCGCACGCAUUGAUGAACAGAAAGAAGCCGCGAUUGCCGAACUUCGUAAUUCUCUUCCUUCGUCAACGCUCGAUAUCUCUGACGCGCUUAAAUCCCUGUCGCGGAAAAUGGACGCUUCAGCGAUGCUUCGUUUUAUCGUUUCGAAGCGGAAAGAGUCGUUGAUGUUGAGGCCGGAGAUAGCGGUGGCGAUAAAGGAAGCGGUGGACCCUCCAAGGUUGGUGCUGGAUGCGGUGGAAGAGUUUCUGAAGAGCAAAACGGAGUCGAAGUCUGGUGUCACUGAUAAGAGAUGGGCCUGCGGGCUUUUGAUUCAAGGGUUGAUUUCGGAAUCGAAUGUUUAUUCUAGAAGGAUUGUAGAGAGAGCUUCGGGUCUUUUGGAUUUGUGGAAGGAACAGCUUGACAGGGAACCUGAUAAGGGUGCUGCAGAAAUGGUGAUGUUUUUGCAGAUUGUGGUUUGCUUUGGGUUGAGGUCGAAAUUUGAUUAUGAGUAUUUGAGGAACUCUGUAAUGGAGUUUGCUUCAAGGAGAGAUAUGGCGAAGAUAGCUGCUUCCUUAGAAUUUGGAGACAAGAUGAUAGAUAUUAUAGACGAUCUAGUCAAAAAUGGCAAAGAGAUAGAAGCUGUUUAUUUUGCUUCAGAAUCUGGUUUGACUGAAAGAUUUCAACCAAUCAAGCUACUCAAUUCUUAUGUUCAAAACUACACUUCCAUAUUGACGAGCGGAAAUAACACUCAGUCUGCAUCGAAUGAGUCGACUACUUUGGAAUUGAAUUCCAUUAAGGAUGUAAUCAAAUGUGUGGAAGAUCACAAACUUGAAUCAGAGUUUAAGCUUGAUAAAUUGAAAAGGCGGGUUUCCCAAUUGGAGAAAAGCAAGGCUGAACGAAAGAAGACUUCAUCAUCAUUUGGAAGUAGACCUCGAAAGCGUGGUGGUCGAGGGAGUGGAUCCAGCUCUUCCCGCCCAGCCAAAUCAGCCAAAACUAGUGCAUACCCGUCAUCUUUUAGUCACAGGAACCUGGCUCCUCUACACCCUAGUCCUAGGGCAAGAUAUUCUACACCAUUACACUAUCCAAGCCAGACUAUGUUGGAGAGUUCAACACCUAAUCCUUAUGCAGCAAGCUAUGGAACCUCCCACACUCAAAGCUAUGGAACCUCCCAUACUCAAAGCCCAGCUGGAAUAGGAAUAACACAACAACACUACUCAUACCCUGUUGACAAUUUAGGUCCUUCUAGUUACCUAUCCAGUGGUUCUUAUGCAGCAGGACAGACUAGCUACGGCCUAUAUGAUUAUGGAAGUGCUGCUCCACCGACUUAUCCAUACACAGUAGAUCAAACCAGCUACAGGGGUUAAGUUUUCUUUCCCCCCCCUCAGUUAUUUGCGGGCUGUUAUCAUCUUUUGAUGCUACUUUCAUCUAAUUUAUUUCUUUUUUGGGUAUGUCAAUAUUGAAAAUAGAACAGUUUCGCAGGGAUGUAUUUCUUGAAAUAUAGUCUAUGGUGCCAAUUCAAAGUGGAUAAUUACUGAUGGACUUUUAUCUAAUCCUUAAAAUUUUAAUUUUAUUAGUGGAUCAUUCGAAAAA